UUGUGUGUGAAGGAGAUGGGAGGCUGCUUUGUACCGGUUGGUGAAGCUGGAAUUGAGCUCAUCACAAAAGAAGAAUAUGAACGGGACGCGAAGACUGAUAUGGGUAUCCGAAUGGAGAGUCUUAAAACUUGA